CUCACUCGUCUUGUCACAGCAGCAGCAGCUUUCUCCUGAAGAAACUCUCCGAAGAAGAGAAAACGCUCCAGAGAAAUGGCCUCCAAAGUUGCAGCUCUGCUCUUCCUGGGUAUCAUCUGCUUCCAUGUUGCAACAGCCCAGAUUGUGAUGGAUUGCUGCUUGAGCGUCAGUGAAAAACGUCUGAUUCCUAAAAACAUUGUGAGCUACAAGCUUCAGGUUGCCGGGUCGGGUUGUGACAUCAGCGCCACUGUAUUUCUAAAUAAGAAAGGCAUGAAGUUGUGUGUCGUUCCCCCUGAAGGAAACCAGUGGGUGAGAAACCUCAUCAAGAUUUUGGACAGGAGACACUCUUCCCACUAAAACAGACGGUGGAGAAAAGGUGGAAAAACUCCUGAAAAGAUCAAACUUGUGAAGUUACUUACAAGUUGUUUCGGUUCUGCACAUGUUUAUUCUAAUUUAUGGUGACAGACUUCUGUUUCCUCUUUUUUGUUUGUUUUUUUUUGUUGAAUUUCUCUGACAUGUUGUACAGAAACAACUGCCUUAACUUGCCUGAACUGUAACGGCUGAAGCAGAAACUGGCUCGGUUUAUCACCGUACUGUAUGCUGCAGGACGGUUUGUUGUGACAAAAUGUGAUUAUUUUAUUGUACAGAGUUUAAAUAAACUGUUUUAUAUCAUUUUGUA